AUGCGAAGGUGGCUAAAUGUGUGUCUCUACUUGUACAUGCUGCUCGACGUGGCAGUCACCAACGUCUCGUUCGGCUUCUUUUCGCGCGGAUGGACGUUCGAUACCGACGCCUUCUACAGCACGAUCACCUUCUCUCAGCCGUACCACUUCACGACAUCACCGUAUGAAUUUGAAAUCAUGUCGUUCGUUCGACAGCUCUUCUGUGCAAUCGCCAUCCUUCUCAUGAUCUUCGACAAAAAGGAAAAGGCAAACUACCUGUUCCACGUCGUCACGUCCAACGCCGUCUUCACUUAUUCCUUUUCCCUUAUCAAAUUUCUCGCGUUUUCGGAAGUCGAGGAGCAGCUGUAUUAUCCGGGAGUCUGGAUGUCCGUUGCUUGGUCCAUUCUGUCCGGAUUCACACAAGUCAUUGUCUGGUACUUUGUGUUCACUUCUACUCCGUUCGACUACCACCGUCUCAUAAACACGACAGCCAACACGGAAGAGACUUCGGAAGCGGACACCACAGUUGAGACACAAUCGGAGAACGCUUCGAGCAAUGUGGAAAGCGGCACUCCGCCUGCCGUCCGACAGCCUCUCCACAAGUUCCUCUUCCGUUUGUUCGCGUACUGUGGACAUCAGUGGCCGUGGUUUGCUUCCGGCUUCUUCUUCCUCACUGUCUACGCUCUAGGUGAGCUCAUUUUCAUAAUCAAUUUAAGACAGUGAGUCAUUUUUCAGCUCGCGUCUUCAUUCCCAAGUACACCGCCGAAGUAAUUGCGGACAUUGUGAACAAGCGAGGAUUCAGUGCUCUUGUCCACUCGAUCGUCGUCCUCAGCGGUCUCACAGCCACCAGUUCCUUCUUUGGCGGUCUCCGUGGCGGGUGCUUCGACUACGCAACUGCUCUCGUGACCCUCCGCAUUCGUCUGGACCUGUUCACUUCCCUCGUCAACCAGGAUAUCUCCUUCUUCGACACCACAAAAACCGGAGAAACUAUGUCUCGUCUGACCUCUGAUUGCCAAACAAUCUCGUCGACAGUCUCAACGAACGUGAAUGUGUUCAUGCGAAACGGAGUGAUGCUCGUCGGUGCGCUUGCCUUCAUGUUCGCAAUGUCCUGGCGCCUCGCGAUGGUCACAUUCAUAGCCGUUCCGUUCGUCGGUUUCAUCACCAAAGUCUACAGUAAAUUCUAUGACGUAAGACAAAAAUGGCUCACUUUCGUUUGUUUUAAAACAGAUUCAUUUCAGAAAAUUUCGGAGAAGUUGCAACAAACUAUCGCUGACGCCAAUCAAAUGGCCGAGGAAGUGCUGUCGACGAUGAGAACGGUGCGAAGCUUCGCGUGCGAGAAAAAAGAACUGAAGAGGUUCGAAGGACUGCUCUCGAGCACUCUUACUGUCAAUCGGAAGAGAGCUCUCGCCUACAUGGGAUACACGUGGAACAACGAGUUCUGUGAUAAUGCCAUACUCGUGGCAGUUCUGUUCUACGGAGGACAUCUUGUGAUGGCUGACAAAAUGAACAAAGAGCAGCUCAUCACAUUCCUUCUGUACCAGAUGCAGCUGGGAGAAAAUCUCUACGUUAGUUUGCAGCUUCUCUGAAUGAAUUAUAGCUACGUUUCAGAACAUAUCGUAUGUCAUCUCGGUCUGAUGGAGGCUGUUGGAGCAUCCAGAAAAGUGUUCGAGUUGAUGAGCCGCAAGCCGCAAUUCGAGUUGGACGGAGUGCAGAAGCCGCAAGUGAACGGAAACAUUCAAUUCAACGAAGUCGGCUUCACUUAUGCGUCUCGUCCGAACAAUCCGGUUCUCAAAGAUCUCACUCUCGAUAUCAAAGCAGGGGAAACUGUGGCCCUGGUCGGCCCGAGUGGAGGAGGAAAAUCAUCGAUCGUGUCGCUCAUCGAGCAUUUCUACGAACCAAGCAACGGAGCGAUCACUCUUGACGGGGUUCCGAUCAAGGACAUAGAUCAUGUGUACUACCAUCAGAAGGUACGGCGUCUUUUCGAAGUAAAUUAGCUAAGUGUCAUGUUUCCAGAUAGCUCUGGUUGCUCAAGAGCCCGUUCUCUACGAUGGAUCCGUGCGGCACAAUAUCCUGUACGGAUGUGACUUUGCCACUGAAGAUGACAUGUUGAAGGCCUCCGAGAUGGCAAACGUGCACGGCUUCGUGACGGAGCUCGAGAAAGGAUACGAUACGAAUUGUGGAGAAAAGGGCGUGCAGAUGAGCGGAGGACAGAAGCAGAGAAUCGCCAUCGCUCGCGCUCUCGUUCGGAAUCCGGCUGUGCUCAUUCUCGACGAGGCGACGAGUGCUCUCGACACAGAGUCGGAGGCGCUCGUCCAGCAAGCGUUGAGCCGAUGUGCCCAGGAGAGGACGGUCAUCAUAAUCGCGCAUCGUCUCUCGACAAUCGAGAAAGCGGACAAGAUUGCCGUUAUCAUGAAAGGACGUCUCGUUCAGGUAUUUAUCGCCCCGUUUCAUAGGUUCUCAAGAGUUCCUUUCAUUUUCAGACUGGAACACACAGCCAACUGAUGAAUGACACCGACGGAAUCUACUAUUCGCUGGUUUCCCGUCAACUACUCAAUGCGAAAGUCGGCGAGGAGUCUUGA